GUGAGGAGCAGAGACGGCGCUGAGCGGAGCAGGAUGGAGCCUAUCAAAUGUGUGGUCGUGGGAGACGGCGGUGUGGGAAAAACUUGUCUUCUCAUCAGCUUCACAACCAAUGCCUUCCCAGAGGGGUACAUUCCUACUGUAUUUGACAACUACAUAGCGACUGUGAUGGUGGACGACCGCCCUAUCAACCUGGACCUCUGGGAUACGGCUGGACAGGAAGACUAUGACAGGCUCCGCCCACUGUCCUAUCCCCAGACGGAUGUAUUUCUCAUCUGUUUCUCCCUGGUGAGCCCUGCGUCCUAUGAGAACGUCCGAGCUAAGUGGUACACUGAAGUGAGCCACUACCGCAAAGCCGCGCCCAUCAUCCUGGUCGGUACCAAGCUGGACCUGCGGGAUGACAAGGAGACUAUUGAGAUGCUGAAGGAAAAGAAGUUGGCACCCAUCACCUACCCUCAGGGCCUGGCUCUCGCUAAGGAGAUAGAAGCAGUGAAGUACCUGGAGUGCUCAGCUCUGACCCAGCAUGGCGUGAAAACUGCGUUUGAUGAGGCCAUCCGGGCCGUGCUGACCCCCAAGCCUGAGGACGGGAAGAAAAAGGGGGGGUGCACAGUGAUGUAAAUGGACCGGUGGGGAGAGAAAGUGAGAGACGGGCUACUGACCCGAGGUUGAAAGAAGAUUGAUGGGAAACUACAACCAGCAUUGCCUUAGAGUUGUAAGGGUAAUAAUGAUGAUAAGAUAAUAGAGAAGUUAAUAUUGAUUACAA